GAGGGUGGGAGACAGAGCGGAAGAGUCCGGUGACAGAGCAGAAGCAGUUUGGGGAACUGAUCCAUCCAGGCGGCAUCUGCUGUACUUCCUCUCUCCUACGCACUCCGCCCCCACCAGCCUGUCUUUCUCUUUCCUUUUCUCCCUCAGGGUAGAGUUAGGUAGGGUUAGGUCAGUUGCCCAAAGGUGGGGACAUUUCCUGAUGCUUUUGCAACACUGAGAUGUUGUCUUAAGGGAGGCUGGGCCCCAUUCUGGCACCAGGCCUGGAAGGUGAACACCUGGGGGCCACCAGGACAGCGUGCUGGCAGGUCUCUUGGCCUCCUGUUUUCCACUUGACCAUGGCCCUGGCUGAGGUCAUCAGCCUCUGGAAUGAAGGGGUGCUGGCAGCGGACAAGAAGGACUGGAAGGGGGCCCUGGAUGCCUUCAGUUCAGUCCAAGACCCCCACUCCCGGAUUUGCUUCAACAUCGGCUGCAUGCACACGAUCCUGGGAAACACGCUGGAGGCGGAGAAGGCCUUUACCAAAAGCAUUAACCAAGACAAGCACUUGGCAGUGGCUUACUUCCAACGAGGGAUGCUCUACUACCGGACAGAGAAAUAUGAUUUGGCGAUUAAAGACCUUAAGGAGGCCUUGACUCAGCUUCGAGGGAACCAGCUGAUAGACUACAAGAUCCUGGGGCUGCCAUUCAAGCUGUUUGCCUGUGAGGUGUUAUAUAAUAUUGCUUUCAUGUACGCCAAGAAGGAGGAAUGGAAAAAGGCAGAGGAACAGUUAGCACUGGCUUCGAAAAUGAAGUCUGAGCCCAGACAUUCCAAAAUCGACAAGGCCAUGGAAAGCGUCUGGAGACAGAAGCUGUAUGAGCCAGUGGUGAUCCCCAUGGGCAGGCUGUUUCGACCAAAUGAGAGACAAGUGGCUCAGCUGGCCAAGAAGGAUUACCUCGGCAAGGCUACGGUUGUGGCAUCUGUGGUGGAUCGAGAUAAUUUCUCUGGGUUUGCCCCUCUGCAGCCACAGGCAGCUGAGCCUCCACCCAGACCCAAAACCCCAGAGAUCUUCAGGGCUCUGGAAGGAGAGGCUCACCGUGUUCUGUUUGGGUUUGUGCCUGAGACAGCAGAGGAGCUUCAGGUCAUGCCAGGGAACAUUGUCUUUGUGUUGAAGAAGGGCAAUGAUAACUGGGCCACGGUCAUGUUCAACGGGCAGAAGGGGCUUGUUCCCUGCAACUACCUUGAACCAGUUGAGCUGCGGAUCCAUCCUCAGCAGCAGCCCCAGGAGGAUGGCUCCCCAGAGCUUGACAUCCCAGCUCCUCCCAGUUCCGAUGCCCCGGGAAGACCCCAGCUGUCACCAGGUCGGAAACAAAAAGAAGAGCCCAAGGAUGUAAGGCUGAGCGUUCCCAUGCCCUAUACACUCAAGGUGCACUACAAGUACACGGCAGUCAUGGAGACGCAGCCUGGGCUCCCCUACAGCCGGGUCCGGAAUAUGGUGUCUAAGAAACUGCAGCUCCUGCCAGAACACACGAAGCUGAGCUACCGGCCUCAGAACAGCAAUGAGCUGGUGCUGCUGUCAGAAGAUAACAUGAAGGAUGCCUGGGGCCAAGUGAAAAACUACUGCCUGACUCUGUGGUGUGAGAACACAGUGGGUGACCAAGGCUUUCCAGAUGAACCCAAGGAAAGUGAAAAAUGUAAUGCUAAUAACCAUCCAACAGAACCUCAGCUUAAGGAAGGGAGCCAAGUGGUAGCUCUCUUCAGUUACAAGGCCACGCAACCGGAAGACCUGGACUUUGUGGAAGGGGAUGUAAUCCUCGUGCUAUCAAAGGUGAAUGAAGAAUGGCUGGAAGGGGAGUGCAAAGGGAAGGUUGGCAUCUUCCCCAAAGCUUUUGUUGAAGAACGUGCAACUACAGAUGUGAAAAGCAUUCUUAGAGAAGUCUAGGACGCUUCACAACCUACGAAGUCAAACAAAAGGAAGCCUUUAUUUGUUUGCAUGAUUUAGCAGACUGCUGCUGUAUACUGUACCGGGGACAUUACAGUUUGAGAGCGUUACCCUCAAUUUUCCCUGUUAACAAUUAAUCUAUUAGACAUUGAUGUGAGUACCUAGGACAAUGAUUUUUCUGGGGCACAGGGGGUGGGGGAGUUAUGGGGAGGAGUGGAAGGGUCUUCUAGGGUGCUGAUAAUCUGUUUCUUGCUCUGAAUGCCGGCUACCCAGAUGCAUUCACAUUGUAAAAAUUUACCAAGCUGUUUACUUUUGAAUGAUGCAUUUCUCUGUAUGUAUACCCCAAUAAAAAAAACUUAAUCUCACAAAACCAAAAUAAGACACCAAAAGUCCAGGCCCAAGGGCCAUGUAUAAACACUCCGGUUCCUAUAACACACUAUCACAGACUCUUUAGUAAUUCAGAAGGCGUACGCAUAUAUGCAGGGUCUCCAGUGGUAGCUUGAUGGACCUUCAAUAUAAACUAUAAAGGCAGAUCUCCUGCCUUAGCCUCCCAAGUAGUUGGGUCAAUAGGUACCCACCACCAUGCCCAGCUAGUAUUUUCUAUUUUUGGUAGAGAUGGGGGUCUCACUGUUGCUCAGGCUGGUCUUCAAUUCCUGACCUCUAACAAUCUUCCCACCGUGCCCUACCAGACUGCUAGGAUUAUGGGAAUGAGCCACUUGCAUCCAACUUCUUUAUUAAAUAAAAUAAUUUUGAUCAUCAGUUUCUUUCUCCUCAUCCCUUUCCAUAAUAAUUCAUUGGUUUGGAAUGCUAAUAUAAGCAAAAAUAACCCUAAAACACAUUCAGGUUCUGAUCAUCUUUGCUUUUCCCUGGACAACUUGUCAGUAGUUGUGUUUUCUUCAAUAUUAUUAUCUUUUAGGAUAGUAAAUAAACAAUCUAUACACAGAUCUGGUUGGAGAGAACAUGGUUUAAUUAAAGGCAAAGCUGAUUUCAGCAGCUGCAGGUCUUGCACAGACAGAUUAAAAAAAAAACCCAACAAAAACAAACAAACAAAAAUACCCCAGAAAACAAAACAAAAAACCACAAAAGAAAGUUCGCUACACAAAACCAGCUUCUGGUGAUGAUUCUCCUCCCCA